AUGGUGGCCACGCGGAACCUGACGACCACGUUGGUCGCCACCAGCACCGCGUCAUAUCAGGAACCUCGUCCAGAGUCCACCUUCUGGCGGUUCUCUGGUCCAUUGCCCCGACACGGUGGAAAAAGACAGCCGCGUCAGGGCAACGACGCUGGCCGGUCGAGACCACCGGCGCCGCCCCACCGCGGGUUAGCCCUAACGGUGCCAUCCCGAGAGAUGAAGCCGAAGUUGGAGAACUGGAGAUCGGAGAUCUGA